CUGAGUUUCGGAGACGCCGCCUUGGUCAGAAAGAAUGUUGACAACCUCAGUGAGGAGGACAUCAUCAACCUGCAGAAGACACUCCGCGAUGUGGCAGAUGACAAGUCCGCCAAAGGUUAUGCCGCCAUAGCUGCUUACCACGGCUAUCCGGCCCAGUGCAAGGACUCCAACAACCAUCCAGUCGCCUGCUGCGUCCAUGGCAUGCCGGUCUUCCCACAAUGGCACAGGCUGUACGUGGUGCAGUUGGAACAGGCACUCAAAGAGAAAGGUGAGAGUAUUUUUUUUUAAAACAGCAAAGGUAAAAAAGGUAAAAAUCAAAGAUAACAUUUUGUCAAAUAAAUUAGUUUUUAUUUUAAAUGUUGCUUUAUAUAUAAAAUUAAAUUAUAUUUCAAAACAUAAUACUAAUAAAUUGUGCUAUUUGUGAUUAAUACUUUUAAGGUCUCUGUAUAAUCACUAACUAUAUUGUUAUGAGCUGGUUUUGUGAGUGUGGUCGGGCUGUGAGUGGGAGGUAGUUGAGCAUGUCUUGCUUACUUGGGGUUAGCUGUGUUAUUGAAUGAAAAGGUAAAAGGUCAAUAAACAAGUGAUUUGUUUAGAUGUCCUUACAGAAUUAUAGUCUUAGUGUGUUAAAUUAUAUUGAGUUUUCGUUAGUGAGUUGUCAUCGUAGUGUGUUACGUUAUGUUGAGAUCAGUGUUCCUAAGUGUUGUUGUUAGCCGAUGGUCAUGAACUUAGAUUUGAGUGUCAGCCAUCCAAGGAGUUUUCAUUAUGUGUAACUUGUGGUUUUAAACAAAUUGUAAAAUUAAACAACUUGUGUUUUAAGCACAUUGUAAUAUUAAAUAACUUGUAGCUUUAAACAAAUUGUAAUAUUAAAUAACAACUUGUGGUUUUAAACACAUUGUAACAUUAAAUAACAACUUGUGGCCUUAAACACAUUAAAUAACAACUUGUGGUUUUAAACAUAUUGUAAUAUUAAAUAACAACUUAUAGUUUUGAACUCAUUGUAAUAUUAAAUAACAAUUUAGGAAAUGAGAAAAAAAAAAUAUUGUCAAACCUGAAAAUAGGAACACAGAGAACAUGUUGACAGGAAGCCUUGGUCAGCGAACAAACAACAGAAAAAAACAGAAUUAAAUAGCACUUAGCUGAGAAGGCAGCAAAGAAUUGGCUGUAUAUUUAAUUACAUUUUGGGAGCUGUUUAAAAGAAUUUCUGUCUAAAUUGCCCCCCACAAUUUUGAUAGGUGUACAUUAACAACUUAACUUCAUAAUCAACUUAUCAGUUUAAAACACAACCGCAAUGAAUAGGCAGAUUUUAAGACUGAAACUACAAAAAUUUCAAACACAACUCAGAGGUUCAUGUCUGCUUUCAGGUCUCAGCAUUGGUAUCCCAUACUGGGACUGGACCCGCCCACUGACCAAACUGCCCGACCUAGUCAGCCAGCAGGUCUUCAUUGAGAGCGACGGCACCAAGGCCAAGAAGAACGUCUGGUACCAGGGAGACAUCGAGGUCGUUGAGAACUCCAAGACCGUCAUCAGGCACACCGCCAGAGCUCUAGAUGACAGACUUUUCCAAAAG